AUGCGGUUCACGGUGAACCCAAAGCGCAGGAUAAGGCAGCACAACGGAGAGAUCACAAGUGGUGCAUAUAGAACCAAGAAGAAACGUCCUUGGGAAAUGGUCCUCUGUAUCUAUGGUUUCCCCACUAAAGUCUCUGCCCUUCAGUUUGAGUGGGCUUGGCAGUAUCCGAGAGAAUCACUUGCAGUGAGAGAAGCUGCUGCCUCUUUCAAAUCCAUCUCUGGACUUGCUAGCAACACCAAGCUUGCUUACACUAUACUCUCUCUUCCUAUUUGGAAUAGUUUAAACCUGACAGUCAACUAUUUCUCAUCAAAGUAUGCACACUUUGUUGGGGAAAGCGGACACGAGGCGCAGCGGAAUGUAGCAAUCGUGUUUCCCCUGACUUUGUGA